AUGACGCAGAGAGGCUCGGCUGAUCAGAUAUUUACUCUGGAUACUAUAAUCAAUCAUAUAAUGACAAUGGGUGUCUCCACAUGAUGUGCUUUCCUUGAUAUUCGAAAGGCAUUUGACUCAGUUCCGAGAAGGUUAUUGUUGGAAACAUUAUUAAGAAAGGGAGUGCAAGGUAAGACCAUAAACAUGAUCAGCAGCAUGAUACAGGAUGAACGGAGCUCAAUAAUAAUAAAUGGACGACCGCAAGAAUGGAUAAUAAUACAAAAAGGUGUUAGACAGGGUGGGUGUGUGUCGCCACUGGCCUUCAAUUUCAUACCAAAUGAGCUAGCCAUCAGAAUAAAGCAAACUAACCUUAGGGUGCAAAUAGAUCAGGAGACAAAUGUAGGACUGCUAUUAUAUGCGGAUGACAUAGUCUUGUUAUCUGAGACGAGGUCUAAACUGCAGGACUUAUGCAACAUAGUUAGCGAGUGAGCUGAGAAAUAUUAA